AUGUGUAGAAGGUAUGAGAACAAGGAAGAAGAACUGGGAUUCAAACUGCAUAGGCAAAGAAGUAGAUGGCAUCAAGCAGUAACAGUAACUGACCUAAACUAUGCUGAUGACCUGGCAUUACUAACAGAGAGGACAGAUCAGGCACAGGAGGUGCUGAGCAGAUUAGAGCAGGAAUCAGGGAAAGUAGGAUUGUACUGCAAUGCAAACAAAACAGAGUUGCAAGUAUUCAGCCACGAAAUGGCUGUGUCAGUGAAAGUGAGAGAUGGUAAGUCACUGAAGGUAGUUGAAAAUUUCAAAUACCUUGGUGUGUGGACACAAAAUACUGAAAAAGACAUUGUAGCAAGGAAAGCUCUAGCCUGGCGCGCAUGCCAUAAAUUGAGAAAGGUCUGGAGUUCAAAGUUAGCAAGGAAAUUGAAAGUGAGGUUGUUUCUGGCAACAGUGGAGUCUGUUCUACACAGGGCUGAAACAGGGACACUCACUAAAGCAUUGAAGAAGCAGUUGGAUGGUUGUUAUGCAAGGGUGCUUAGAAUGGCACUCAAUGUCUCCUGGAAGAGUCAUACAACAAAUGCCGACUUAUACCAGGGACUACCAAAAGUAGCAUUGAAGAUACAGCAUAGAAGAAUGAGGCUAGAUGGACACUGCAUCAGACACACUGAUGAAAUUGCUAACAAGCUAGUGAUCUGGCAACCAACAGAAGGAAGAACCAAGAAAGGAAAGAGGAAGAUGACCUAUAUCAACAACUUGCGGAAAGAUACUGGUAUGGAAGGGGUACAGGAGCUGAGGACCAUUACGGAAGAUUGA